AUGAAAAUAUUUUACUAUAUUGAAACAUUGUUGUUUACUGUGGCAUUUGGUCAACAGCCCAUAUUUAUGCAAAACUGCGAUGAAGCACCAACGCCCGAAGCGCGACAUGUAUGCUUAACGCUGCAGCAAAUGGCUCGUAAUUCGAGGCGUGAAAUGGCAAUAAAUCAAAGAGUUCCGCCAACUCCACCCCAAUUUCUUCAGCCGGCGCCGUUGAAUCCGCUUGCAAGAGGACCUCAGAACCAAUGCAUACUACCGGAUGGUCAGCUUUUGACCAUGGGAUAUCGCAAGGAGUACAGAAUGCUUACUGAGAAUGAACGUUUAAGAUUUUUCAAUGCAAUAACAAUGCUAAAACGAAGCGGUGAAUAUGAUCGCAUGAGCUCCGAGCAUCAGAUGGUGGGCCAAGGCAGUGGUGCACAUUCAGGGCCCGGAUUUUUGCCGUGGCAUCGCGAAUUUUUAAAACGGUUUGAAAUUGCGCUUCGUCUAAUUGAUCCGCAAGUGUCACUACCAUAUUGGGAUUCUGUUAUGGAUCAAUAUUUGCCGGAUCCAAGGGAUUCAAUCUUUUUUAGCCCGUAUUUUAUGGGUGAAACGGAUCAAUUCGGUAACGUAGUCACUGGGCCGUUUGCUUAUUGGAGCACUAUCGAUGGUAGAACAGCUAUUCUUCGAGCACUUGGUGAGAAAGGAAAGUUGUUUACCGAAUAUGAUAUUAUCGAAAUCUUGUCACAAGUGUCAAUUGAGCAAAUUAUGGCUUAUACUGCACCAUUGAAUGGCUGUCCAUAUCCGCCAGCAUUUUCUGCUAUUGAAUAUACACAUUCAUUUGUCCAUCUUUGGAUAGGUGGACAUAUGGAACCACCAGAACUAUCCUCUAAUGAUCCCGUUUUUUAUGGCCUUCAUACAUUUGUUGAUUUAAUCUGGGAGUUAUGGAGACAAAGCCGACAAUCACACUGGGCACGAGAAAAUCAAUAUUCGCAAGAUAUUGAGGAAUGCACCGAUCCACAGCACUUCAGCUAUGCAGCCAUGCGACCAUUUAAUUUAAUCAAUCGCGAUGGUUUAUCAAACCUGUACACUGAACAAAUGUAUCGGUUUGCUCCACGGCCAGGUUGCAGCUUCGAGAUACCAAAUUGUGGAUCACCUUAUCUCUUCUGUGAUAUGCGAGUGUCACCACAUUGUGUAUCCAAAAUCAAACUCGGUGGCAUUUGUACGGGUUUCGAGGGACUCGAUGCCUGUUUCAACGGUAUAUGCGUAGCAGGACGAUGUAUUCCGGGCACUAUGCCAGCUCCUUUCGUACCACAAACUGAAUUACCGCCAGUCUUGGUUGGUGAAAUUACUCGGCAACACGUAACCCGACAAUUUAAUGAUUGUUUUAAUCGAAUGCCAUGCUGUGAGCAAUGGGCUAAAGAAGAAUGUAAUGAUCGGCACGUAUCCUGCAAGCAAUGGAAACGUGAGAAUAGGUGCUUCGGAACUUCCAAUGAUUUUAUGGCUGAGAAUUGUCGCUUAUCGUGUCAGUUGUGUGGAACGCCAAAAAAUACGAAUUGUGAAAGGCUUAAAGUUGUAAGUUUUCGAGUUUUACGAAAACAUUUUGAAAUGGUUAUUGAAUUAAGAACAUUUGUAUGA